AUGAACAACUGGCGGCUCACUUACCGUACGCCAGCUGAUCUUACCGAGCAUUUGAGAAAGCCGUAUUUGCUGUAUGACGAGCGUAAUAAAGAUGUGACUAAACUCAUAUUCGAUGAACACGCCAACCUUUUGUGGGCUGGAGACACGUAUGGUAGAGUCUCUUCUUAUGAUCCGGCCUAUUCGCUAUACACACGACAUGCAGGGCAUAUUGGUGGUAAUGCCGUCGUAGAUAUGCUCAGUCAUCCGAGCGGCGUCAUAUCUCUUAGCACAGACUCGUUGAAUUUCGCUAGCAGACGGGGAGUAACGAGGCUUAAUCUAACGAACGCGGAUGUGGCACAGCUUAGUGACAUGCGGGCAAUGUGCUAUGCCGGAAGCGGCGGCAACCACGUUUUUUGCGGCGGAAUUAACCCCGGAAGCGGACUCAUCGACAUCGAUCUUCAAAAGGGAGCUCUUUCACGCAACAUCGAUUAUGCUUCCAAAGUCAAGCUUUUGCGUUCCGACAGUAAAACUUUGCUCAUAGGCAAGCAAAGCGGAUCUAUUGAUCUACUGGAUCAAAACUCCAACCAGCUUAUCAGAUCCUUUGCAGGCCACUCGGCAACCAUCUCAGAUAUGGAUUACAGAGACCAUACGCUAGUGACCGUAGGAAUGUCUAAACGAUUCAACCAAUUGUGUUCAGAUCCUUUCGUGAAUGUUUACGACUUGCGAAUGAUGCGUCAGUUAACACCAGUCGCAUUCUCAUACAAUCAACCCAUAAACACACCCGGAAGCGCGGGCGCUGACUUUGUGCGACUUCAUCCAAUACUACCGACUGUUAUGACAGUUGCAUCCGUAUCGGGUGCUUUUGAUUUUAUAGACCUCGCGAACCCCACGUUAAGGAGUCAGUACUGCCAUCCCUGUCACUCUAUCUCACAAUUCCAGCUUUCCUCGAGCGGUGAUUACAUUGCUUUACUAGAGCACGAUAACAACGUAACCACAUGGACACGAUCGAAAGAAAUGACCGGCUUUACGAAUGGCCCUACUGUGUUGGAAUAUGCAGACUUCCCGGAUGAUAAAUAUUCGCCAUCUGAAACGGAUGUUGACGAUGUCAAUUUUCCUCUCAGUUCUGUCGGAAUGCCAUACUACUCAGAGAAACUACUGUCGGCAUGGCCUCAUACCAUUUUCAGAAGCAAUGGAACGAUUCCGAGACGAAUAAACAUUGAAAUACCCAAUACACAGCAAGUCACUUCGCAGUUGUUCCAAAGAUCCAGUUCACAACAACGACCUUUUCAACCAUUACCUUAUAAUGCGAGUAAGUUCGGACCUCGGAAUAUGGUGAAGCCUUACAAGUCUCUUAGAGAAAGAAAGAAAAAGCUUUUGAUAUCAGACGAAGACGGUACAGACAAGAAAGAUUUGAUGAGAUAUAAGGCUUCAAAUGAGUUUGAAGUGCCUCCUGCAUAUGCAAAGCUGCAAAUGGUCUACGGGAAGUACGGGGUAGAAGACUUCGAUUUCAAAGCAUUCAAUGAAACACACCUCUCGGGGCUGGAGUCUGACAUUGACAAUUCUUACACUAAUGCGGUGCUGCAGAUGUACAGGUUUGUUCCAGAAUUUUACAAUUUUGUUGUUAGCUGCUUAAAAGAUGACCCUUGGUCAGAAAAUUCGCUAUUGGCAGAAUUAGGCUAUCUUUAUGAUAUGAUGGAUAAAGCUGGUGGCACCGUUUGUCGUGCAUCAAACUUUCAGAAAACUCUAACGUCUUUCAAAGAUGUUGGAAAACUCGGGCUGUUGUGUAAUUCCCUUGUUACCAGCCUUGAGAAGUCGUUUACUGGGUUGGAAAUUCAGGACCAAACACAACCGGUGGAUCUGGAAGCAUUUGGAGUAUCCUUAGCCUGUGAUGUACCACAGAGAUUUAACGACUUCUUUAUACAAAAGCUGAUUUCUGAAGAAGUUGACAAAAAGAAGAAUUCAUCUUACAGUAUCGUCAUGAAGGAGCUCUUUGGUUUCAAUCUGGAAAUUGAGACGCGCAGCAUAUCCUCGUGUGGAAGUUACGAAAAGCAAACCUCCAAUAAGUCAACGCUCAUCAUCAAGAGCCCAACUGGCAAUAAUCCCAAGUACUCCAAUAAAAAGCUCUCGAAUCAGACUAUCUUGCCUUAUAUUGAGUCAUCCAUGAACAGGUUUAAACAUGAAAAGGCCAUUUGCGGAAAAUGUAAAAAGCCAGAAAAUGUUGAGUUCGAGUUUACCGUCAAAAACCUUCCUCCUCUUCUAUCCUUAAACAUCAAUUUGUCUAACGAUGAGUGGACAAUCGCAAAGACUGUGAAGAAUUGGCUAGCUAAAGAGUUUUAUGCAACACUUUCAAAAGACAGACCAAUUUUGAAGCUGCAACCUACUGACCUCAAAACUAAUACCGCAAUUUUCAAAUAUGAGCUUACAGCGUAUGUGGCGAGAAUUGCGGACGACCUGACGGAACCGCAUUUGGUAACGUACGUUAGGGUUUGCGAUUCAACGUUUAAGAAAGGAAAGUGGUUUAUGAUCAACGACUUUUUGGUCGUUGAGGUGGAUGAGGAAGAGGCGCUCAACAUUUCACCCUGGUGGAAAACUCCUGAAAUUUUGGUGUAUUCCGACGCCGAAGAAUUACGCAAACCAUUUGUUCCUGCUUCACAUUUCCGCAUUGAUCAUAGUAUUCUAUAUCGAGACUAUUUUGGUGAAAGCAUCAGACUAGGGCUCGAAAAAGAUUAUAAGCUUUUGACGAACUCUGAAGCUCCUAAGCCAGGAAGUCUUGUUGCCAUGGACGCAGAGUUUGUUGAACUUGCCGGUGAGCAGGUGGAAAUUAGCUGCCGUGGCCAGCGGACCUUGAUCAACCCCAAAAAAACUGCACUUGCAAGAAUAUCAGUCUUGCGCGGUAACGACGGCGAUGACUUCGGUGUACCCUUUAUCGAUGACUAUGUGGUAAACACAAAUCAUAUCGAAAACUACCUCACUCGAUACAGCGGAAUUGAACCUGGGGACCUAGAUCCGGCAACUAGCACAAAGAUGUUAGUGCCACGGCAAAUUGUUUACCGCAAAAUUUGGCUGCUACUCCAAAUGGGAUGUAUAUUUGUUGGCCAUGGUCUCCAGAACGACUUCAGAAAUAUCAAUAUUUGCGUCCCUCGGGAUCAAAUAAGAGACACGGCACUGUACUUUCUACAAGGAAAACGUUACCUUGCUCUGAGAUACCUGGCAUUUUCUCUAUUGGAUUCCGACGUCCAAAGUGGUAACCAUGAUUCUAUUGAAGACGCUUAUACGGCACUUGCAUUGUACAGGAAAUACCUACAGCUUGUUGAAAGCGGAACUUUCGAAAUAACAUUGGACCAGAUUUAUGAAGAGGGACGGUUAUGCGGUUUCAAAGUGCCAGGAGACCGCAAUAUAGCAUUAAUGUGA